AUACAAUGAAAGCCAUUAAGAAUGCAACGUUUUUAAAAGGCCACAAGAAAGCCAAAUAUGUUAUGAUUGCCACGUUUUUUGGAAAAAGAGGUCUCGCAAAGAUGAGGUUGCUCAGCGUUGGAGGGCUGAUCCUUGUAACACUGAUAUACCUGGGUGAUUUAUCCUUGUGGAAAACUGAUGCCAGUGCGUUACAUGGGAGUUCGGCGGCCGUCAAGUUUCAACAGACGACAGGUGAUGCAUUGGGCUCGGAAGGCUUAACGAUUCCAAAAGCUGAUUCGCUUUCAAACGCUGGUUCAGUUCUUAAGGCGGAUUCUACCGCAAAGACUGGUUCGAUUCCAAAGAAACGUUCAAUACUAAAGGCUGAAUUAACCCCAAAGACAAAUUCGCUUUCAAAUGCUGCUUCAGUUCCAAAGGCUGUAUCGGUCCAGAAGAUUGGAUCGAUUCCAAAGACUGGUUCAAUAUUAAAGUCUCAUUCGGUCUCAAAGGCUCAUUCGGUUUCAAAGUCUAAAUCAGUACCGGAAGCUGAUACGACUUCUGAGGCGCGGGCAACUCAUGAGUUAAGUUUUGUUCCUACGGUAGAUUCAAUGGCAGCAAAGGAGUCUGCAUUGCUAUUUGAAAGUCACAGGAACUCAAACAACGAUGAGUUGGAACAUAACACUAUCGGAAGGCCAAAUCAAAUUGAUAACUCACCGAACCCUUUCCGGGGCCACACUCCUGGUCACGAAUCGGAUGCCUUUCGUCGCGACGAAGUCUGCAAUGAGAAAGCUUGCUCAGGGAGUAUCUGCUAUCCUGGUCUAUCGGCCAAAAACGGGAUUGAAGAUCUGGACUUUGAAGAAAGAUCGGCUUCUGACAGCAGAGGCAUGUUAAGCUCGACCGAAAGUCAAAAGGAAUUUGACAUGUACAAUUGCACUUGGAUCUGUUCUGGAAGUGGAGUGAAUUGCUCUAGCAGAAAGUUUUUAAGCGUUCCUCAACGUUUGCCAAAAACAAUAAAAGUUUUACUUCUGUCUAAAAACAACAUAGAAGUUAUCCAGCCAUGUGCUUUUUGUGGAUACCCAAACCUCACGGCGCUAUACCUAGACGGGAAUCGCUUGCAAAAUUUAUCGGAAAGAAGCUUCCAGAAUCUAGGUCGUCUACAGCAUUUAAGCCUAAAAGACAACUUUCUCGAAAUGAAAACCGGAACAUAUCCAAAAAAUGUCUUCUCUGAUUUGAAGUCUUUGAAAAUGUUGGCAAUAAAUAAAAACACGCAAUGCACAAUGUGUCCUGAGAUGAAUUACCCUGACCAGGCGUUGUCGGUGUUAUCUAAUCUGGAAGAUCUUCGAAUAGACGGCCUUUUUAACAAAUCGUUUGGGGCAGGGUUCAAGAAUUUGAAAGCUGUCACAAACAUUGAGAUGGGAGGACAUGAGGAUGGGUAUUGUACUCUGCAUAUGCUAACAAACCGCACGUUCGAAAAUGUUCCAACGGUCACACGUUUAUCCAUGCGCUGGUGUUCGAUAUACGGCGAUCUUGUGCAAGCGGGAACUUUCAAACCUUUGAAAAGCCUUGAAACUCUUAUUCUUUAUGGGAAUUAUUAUCUAAAGUUCAAAAACUUGCAGGUUUUGAUGUGGGGUCUGAAAGACUCCAAUCUGCAACAUUUGGAUUUAGGUAGAAUCGAAUCCAUGUUCUUGCCUAGCAUCACCGUCUCCUAUGAUAUGAUCAAGAAUUUGCCAAGAAGCUUGAAAAGUCUGCGUUGUAAUGACAACGGGAUUGAAAUUCUGGAGAAGUCAGUGUUGUCCAAUCUGCCUAAAGGCUUAACGUACAUCGACGCUAGUGGAAACAGCUUCGUCUACAGCAGUUAUCUCCGAAAUUUGUCAAAACUGGAGAAUUUGGAAACACUUUUACUAAAUGGAAGAAGUACGCUAACAAGUCUGCCACGGUAUUUGCCAAAGGGAAGCAACUCCAACUUUCCCCCCGUACACGAACAAGACUUGGGUUCCUCUCGGAGGCAGCUUCGGCAUGAACGUUCCCUGGGUUCAAACCAUGAAGAGUACCAACUUAGUCUGCCUCCGAGGUUGCUCAGUAUAUCCUUCGGCUAUGCAGAUUUGAAACUUCGCCUUACAAGGUUUUCUAUAAACCCAAACAAUACACUACGGUACCUUAGCAUGUGGGCAAAUUACUUCCCCUACGCCCUAGGACCUAUCUCUGGACUGAAUAACGUAACACACAUUAAUAUGAACCGGAGUUUUAUUUCCUACCUUCAUCCUUCUUUUUUCCAAGAAUUUCCGGAGCUUACACAUCUUGAUCUAAACACUAACUUUUUGAGAGAUACGUACACAAAGGGCAGUGAGGUGCGGCUCUUCGAGAAUUUGACGAAAUUAGAAUAUUUGAAUCUAAGCAUUAAUCUUAUUGAACAAUUACCCGAUAAUGCUUUCGCAGGUGCGAACAAUUUGCAAUAUUUGGAUUUGUCUCAAAAUAGUAUUGGGGAAUUCCAUCAGAACCUUUGGAAUAUGAGUCAGUUGAAAUAUCUCAGUCUCAGACAAACAAGCAUUCGUCAUUUGCAUUCAGACCUCACUCAAUUCUUCGAUACUUUCGGCCCCAACCUGACUCUUGAUUUGUCUCGCUGUCCAAUCAGAUGCACGUGCGACAAUCUCAACUUUAUUCGGUGGAUGAUGAACUCACCGGCUUUCAAAUCUUUUGAAGGAUACGAGUGCAUUUACAAGGACGGAAGUCAGAAGAACAUUUUUGACGGCUACCAGGGUAUUUUCAUGUUGCUUGAACGGGAGUGCAUCUCCAACUUCCCUCUUUUUCUGUGGGUUUUAGCCUUGACGAUUUUGCUUAUGUGCGUCAUCAUAGGGGUAUUGGUCUACCGGUUUCGGUGGAAGAUACGAGCUGACCAAACGAGAGGUCAAGCCACACGUGCAUGGGCUUCACUUCACGGCCGGGAACUACAUCGCCUCCAACAUUGUCUCAGCGAUCAAGAAAAGCCGCAAGACUUUGGUCAUCCUUACCGAGCAGAUGCUGGACAGCUACUGGUGUACGUAUGAGUUACAGAUGGCCAAUUUAGAAAGUGUCUACAGCGGCCGACGAGUUCUGGUGUUCCUUCUCAAGGACAGCAUCCCUCGUUCCCGCCUCGGCAUGGAUCUCCUGUAUCACAUCCAAAACAACACCUACAUGCCCUACCCAAACACUGGAAGCCAGCGGAUGAAUCCGGAGGUCACUACAGCUUUCUGGGACAAGAUGGCCAGAGACCUUUUGAAUUCGUAAAUCUUGUCUUUUUUUUCGUCACUUCCUGUCAUCGCGAGAAAAAGAGCCUAAAAAUCUUUUGAAUUCAUAGACAGCUUCUGAUUUCGAAUGACCUUUUGUGUCUGGUAGGUGAUAACAUAAAUGAAAACAAAACUAACAAACAAACAAGCAAAGCAAAA